AUGUCUAACUGUUGGAAAUUGUUCAUCUAUCUGAGUAUCACCUCGAGUGUUGGUGCUACGCCGAUAAGCGACACUGACGGAAGAACCAAGCUUCUACUGAUUUCGUUUGACGGGUUCCGUCAUGACUACCUGGACAAAGCUUCAUCGUCUGGUGUUAAUAUCUCUGGUUUCUUGAAAAUCUGGGAAUCCGGCUUUCGGGUAUUGCGCGUGAAAAAUGAAUUUGUCACGAGCACCUCGUCGAAUCACUUCUCGAUGGUGACUGGUCAACAUCCGGAGUCUCAUGGGAUCGUGGAUAAUUCAUUCUUCGACCCGAUGCUCAACCGGACGUUUGCGUUCAGCAAUGGAACUCAGGCGAAGGAGUCAGUCUGGUUCGAUGUUGGGGCUGAGCCUAUCUGGGUGACGAAUCAAUUACACGGUCAUCGCACGGCUAUGACGUCAUGGACAGGAGCGUUUGCACCAAUCAAAAACAUUCUUCCUUCCAUCAGUUACCCUGCUUUCGACCCGACUAUUCCUCUGCGAAAGUCAAUCGAUGACGUGAUUGGUUGGCUCGAGACUGACGUAAAUCUUGCGCUGCUCUACCACAUCGAACCGGACUUAACCGGUCAUAGAUACGGUCCUGAUUCGACCGAAGUUCUGAAGGCUAUCGGAACGCUGAACAACGAGGUGGAGUAUCUGCUAGAACGAGUCCAAAAGAGCCCGAAGCUGGCACACUCUCUGAACAUCAUUAUCGCUAGCGACCACGGUAUGGCGGAAGUUGACCCCACGAGAUUGAUUGUCUUGGAUGAUUAUCUGAACAGUACGAUGUACAACAGUUCUCGCGAAUCUCCCGCAGUUGUAUGGGGUCUGUGGCCCGAAGCAAAUGACAUUGUUGAUCGGUUGGAGAACAGACACCCGUAUAUGCAUGCUUAUAAGAAAGAAGACGUACCGGAGCGAUGGUUCUAUUCACGCAGUCCGCGUAUUGCUCCAGUCAUUGUGUUUGCCGAUGUCGGUUGGGUGAUUGUGAAGUCGUCGGAAUAUCAAAUUAAAUUUAAAAAGGGAGGUAAACAUGGGUAUGAUCCGGCUUCACCGGAAAUGUCCCCGUUCCUCCUGGCUACUGGACCUGGAUUCAAGCCGCCAGUACCUAAUCACACCAUUCAGUCCAUGGACUUAAUCGAUAUCUAUCCAAUGAUGUGUCAUCUUCUUGGCCUGGAAAAUCCCGGUCCUCACAACGGCAGUCUAUCUCAUGUGGCCCAUGUGUUGCGAGAUCGGAGCGCAGCUGAGCGCAACAAGUCAUUCCAUUUGGGAAUUAUUUUCUUUCUGCUAAUCUGGUUGAUUAAUGUCUUCGCCUAAAGCUAUUUCGGAUGUCAUUUCAGAAACAAUAUUGUUUGUAUCUUAUUCAUUCUCAGUCUGUAACUGACUUUAAGUCGUUAACUACUUCGCUUAACAUGAGUUUUUCG